UGCGGAUGCCGUUUAUAUAUCUCCGCUGAAUUGCAUGCACUGCGAGCUGUGUCACCUGAUGCUCAACCAUGACAAGCACGUCCUAUGCGAACAGCCACUCUGCAUGGAUGAGCAGCAAGUGGCUCAACUAGUGGGCAAGGCUAAGGCACGUGGUUUGUUUCUGAUGGAGGGUGUCUGGUCGCGCUGUCUGCCCGCCUAUCAGUGCUUGCGCAGCGAGAUCAUGAAACAGAAACUAGGCACAGUCUAUGACGUGAAGUGUCAAUUGGGCUGGCGUCUGCCCAUCGCCCAGACCAGCAGGGCGACCUAUGCGGGCGUGACAAAGAACUGGGCGGCUGACUGCAUACAGCUAGCGUUAUGGAUCUAUAGGGAGGUGCCGAUGUUUGUGAAGGCUGCGGGCAAGCUCAAUGAUGGGGGCGUUGAUGUAGCCGCCGAAAUAGAGCUGUGGUUUAAGAACAAUCGGUGCGCUAUUCUGGAACUCAGCGCCGAGAAGAAUCUGGAGAAUAUGGCCAGCAUACGCGGUACCAAAGGCUCCGUCACAAUGAACAGCUUCUGGUGUCCCACAUUAUUGUUAUUUAAUAAUAAGAAAAUCAAGUUCAAAUUGCCAAGUACUGAUCGGCCAACGUAUUUCGACAGCCGUGUUGGCAUGUGCUACGAAAUGGAGGAGAUGCGCCAAUGCAUACUUAAGGGGCGCACAGAGAGCAAUCUGUUCAAUCACGGCGAGAGCCAAUUGAUGAUCAAUCUAAUUGAUCAAGUCACGGACAUGCUGGCAGUCAAGGGGCAACACAUAAACGUCCAAAGCAUUGCGGCAGUUCAGUAAAACGCUGACGGGUUGUGUCAAAUACUCUAC